AGUGUGGCAAGCAAUGGGGCUGACUCAUACGGUGCCCCAAUACUCUUCACACCGAAAUAGGACAGAAGCCUGCGCAUGUGCAUUGAUUACCAAGCUCUCAACAAGCAGACCAUCAAGAACAAAUACCCGAUUCCACGAAUCGAUGAACUGCUUGACCAGCUUUGGGGAGCGACGGUAUUUUCCAAACCAGAUCUGCGGUCCGGAUACUGGCAGAUAAGAAUGGCGGGGUGGUAUACCUGGAUGAC